AUGGAUGGAAAGUUGAAAUGGACAAUUCAAACGUUGGAAGAUAUGCUAAGGGCAUGUGUUUUGGAUCAACUUGGAAGUUGGGACCGCUACAUGCCUUUGGUGGAGUUUGUGAACAACAACAGCUUUCAUGCGAGCAAUGGAAUGGCUCUGUAUGAGGCAUUGUAUGGAAGGAAGUGCCAAUCUUCACUGUGUUUGUAUGAAGCCGGUGAAGCAAGUGUGUUAGGGCCAGAUUCAGUAGCAGAGACCACUGAGAAUGUCAAACAGAUUAGAGCCAAAAUCUUAACUGUACACAGCCGACAAAAGAGUUAUACAGAUCAGAGAAGGAAACCAUUGAAAUUUGAAGUGGUCUUGAGGCAAGUCGGGCUGGUGGCAUAUCAAGUAGCUUUGCCGCCGCGUUUGUCUAACUUACAUGAUGUAUUCCACGUGUCGCAACUCCGUAAGUAUACGUCAAAUGCAGCUCAUGUGUUAGAUCCCAAGUCAGUUGAGAUGAAGAAGAACUUGACUUUUCAAGUAACAUCGGUGUGGAUUGACGACACUAGUGUAAAGAAGUUGCUUGGAAAGGAGGUUCUGUUGGUUAAACUAUCUUGGAGAAGAGCUGGAAUGCAAGAGCACAUUUGGGAAUUGGAGUCUGAGAUGCGGAAGGAUUAUCUCAAGUUAUUCUCAAGUAAUCACUAA